CUUGAAGUUGGAAUGUGACAAACUAGCCAGUGAGAAAUCGGAGAUGCAGCGUCACUACGUCAUGUAUUAUGAGAUGUCCUACGGGCUGAAUAUUGAAAUGCACAAACAGGCUGAAAUCGUCAAGAGGCUAAAUGGGAUUUGUGCACAGGUUCUGCCCUACCUUUCGCAAGAGCAUCAGCAGCAAGUGCUGGGAGCCAUUGAAAGAGCCAAGCAGGUUACGGCGCCAGAACUGAACUCCAUCAUCCGUCAGCAGCUUCAAGCUCACCAGCUGUCGCAGCUCCAAGCCCUCGCUCUGCCUCUGACUCCGCUCCCCGUGGGCCUCCAGCCCCCGUCCCUCCCCGCUGUCAGUGCCGGCACUGGGCUCCUCUCACUCUCGGCCUUGGGCUCUCAGGCUCACCUUUCCAAGGAGGACAAGAAUGGCCAUGAUGGGGAUGCCCACCAAGAUGAUGAUGGGGAGAAAUCGGAUUAG